AUGGAUUCAACGAAUCCAUUGAAUCCAUAUAGUGACUCCCCUAGCUAUAGCUAUCUUCUCCAAAGUCAAAACUUCCAGUAUGGAAGUUAUCCUUCGAGACAAAACUUUGGAGGAGGAUCCGAGAUACCUCCUUUUAGUUCACAACAACCCGACGCUCCAGCUUCACGGGAAGACCCACCAGUUGUCUCUAGAGAGAGAAGGCAAUGGACACCAGCUGAUGACGAGGUCGUAAUAAGUGCGUGGCUCAACACAUCUAAGGAUGCUGUUGUUGGAAAUGAACAAAAAUCCGGGACGUUCUGGAAACGUGUUGCUGAGUAUUAUGCAUCAACCCCACAUGCUAAAGAGAGUGGUGAACCUAGAGAGUGGCUUCAUCUUAAGCAGAGGUGGCAAAAGAUUAAUGAAUACACCAACAAAUUAUGUGGUGCAUACACGGCAGCAGAGAGACAAAUCAGUUCUGGUCAGAGCGACACUGAUGUCCUCAAGGUGGCUCAUGAUAUUUACUUCGCUGAUCACAAGAGGAAAUUCAAUCUGGAGCAUGCGUGGUGUGUGUUAAGGUUUGAGCAGAAGUGGUUCAGCCUUAACACUCCUAAACCUACUGGGAGUUCAAAGCGAAACGCUGGAGAGGAAUGUUCACAAACAUCAAGCACAACUGUUGGUGAUCAAGAGGUGCGUCCAGAGGGUAGCAAGGCAGCUAAAGCUAGAAGGAAUAAUACUCAAGGAAUAAAAUCUAUUACUGUGUAUACGACCGUCAUGGAGUUGAAGAAGGAGGAUCUCAUCAUGAAGGAGAGAUUGUCAAAGCUUGCCAUUCUAGACACACUCCUAGCCAAGCUAGGACCACUAAGCGAGGCUGAGGAUGUUGUGAAGAACAAGCUACUCGCUCAGUAUUUCUGA